AUGGUUAAUCGGAGAAAGGUUUUCCCAAUCUUCAGAUCCCAAAGAUCGAGCAUAAACCCUAACCCAAAGGGCUUUGCGCCAGAGACGCCUGUUCUAGACUACGGUCCUUCGUUCAUAGGGGUCAAAGGUACUGCUUGGGCCAAAAUUCUGAAGCCCAAUAACCAUAUAAUACAUGGGCUUGGCCCAGAAAACAUAACCCAAGAAGCCCGUGGUGGGUCGGUUCCCGCCACCUACGUGCUUAGCGCUGAAGGGUCAUCAAGAAAAUUUUCUCGUAGACUUUCAAAACCUCUAAUUGGAAAUAAUGGAAGGAUUUAUGCUUGUUCCGAGAAAGAUUUUGUUGCGUUUGAAAGUAAUGGUUCCAUUGCUUGGAUCAUACAUUCGAAUCACACAUGCAAUGCUGACAUGGCCCCAGUUUAUGGUGGAAGAGAAAAGAUUUUUGUGGCUGCAGAGAACAGAAUACUAAAGAUAAACUUGUUAAACAAUGGAACCUCUGAACCAGCUUUAGAGGUUUUCCUUAGUUUCCAACCACCAGAUAAAGAAGGAAAAGGUGAGGUAAUUGGGAUCUCGGUUAGCACAUUGAGUUCUUCGAUAUUUGUCAACAUUAAAGGUCAGGGGCUCUUCGCCUACACGAUGCACGGGCAACUGCUGUGGAGUGCUGGACCUGUGCUCAAUCAAUUCGGUUACCGCCAGGGUUGUAGGAAAAAUGAGACAGAUUGUCAUUUCAUAUCAGUCCCUGUGAUUGAUCAAUGUGAGGCUACUAUUUAUAUUCCAAAUACUGAAGGAGAAUUGUAUUCUUUGUCGAUCCACAGUCCUCACUUUAAGUGGAUACAGGACUUUAGUAUGUUUGACAGGGUUUUCACUGUCACUCCCGGAAACAAUGGCCGUUUGUAUGUUGUUGUGCCAGCCAGGGCUCUUCUGCUGGCACUCGAUGUUUUGACGGGAAAUGUGCUCUGGCAAGGAAGUAUUGGGCCGUUAAGUUCAGAAGACUCUUCACCAGUUGUUGAUUCUAAUGGUUGGGUAUCCAUUGGUUCAUUGGACGGUUUCCUAUAUUCAUUUUCACCGAGUGGGGUUCUCAAGAAAUUCUCUAAAGCAAGGGCCUCAGAUUCUGUGAUCCAAGUUAGUCCAGUCCUUGAUUGCUCUGGCUAUGCAAUUUAUAUUUCUCAGACAGAAAUGGAAGGGAAGAUUAGCCAUAUCAUAGGAGAAUAUACUUAUGUCUCAGCAUUGAAACCCAAAAGUGUGAUCUUCACCUUAUUCGUCCCAGCAACCGGAUCCAUAUACUGGUCUGAAACCAAUCUUGGUAAUUCAAAUUUUCAGUUUUCUUCCUCAUUAUCCAACACCGAUUUGCAACAUUUUGUACUCGACGAAAGGAUUCUGCUUGCAUUUUUCGCCGCUUCAAAGACCGGCAAUAAACUAGCAUGCCGUUCAAGACGUCAGAAAGUUAUAUCCACCUGCUCUCAAUCUAGACCAAAGCUUCUCAGACUUUACACAGGGAGUGAAAGAGCAAUAUUCUUGUUUCUGCUAUUAGAAACCGCAAUCUUGAUAGUACUAGCGGGGCUCGUGCGGUUCUGUUGCGUAUUUUGGAGGAAGAAGAAACUCCAGGGUCAAAACCUUGGUAGCUUUCUUGACAAACGACGAUCUCUCCAACUCAAGAAGAAAUCAUUCGACAGGACUAUCACAGAUCUACAAAGCACGGCUGGAGAAGAAGCAGCGGACGACGAAGUACUCGAGAAAUUGGGCGAUUUGGUGCGAGAAAGGGAAGGGAUAGAGAGGAAGCUCUCGUCUACAUACAGUUUGGGGAGAGACAAAACUAGCUCAAGAACAAGGUCAAGAUCAAGAUCUCUACUUCCAUUGUAUAAUGGAAAAAAUAGGAGCUUCUCUUUUCAAGGCUCAAAGAAAGAGAGAGUGACAAUCUUCCACACACUGAGCGAUACAUCGUCCGAAGAUAGCGGCGCUGAUGAUGAAACUAGCUCGGAUUUGGACGGAGAGGAGCUAGAAAAGGCAAAAGCAAAAGCAGCUAUUGAAGAAGCAGAGGAUAGUUCAAGUGACGAGAAUGGCGGGAUUUUCGAAAGGGGGAUUCGGAGAAGUCCUUCGGAGCCAACCUCGAGCUCAAGUGGAAUUCAGAUGGCAGUGGUUGGAAAUGAGAAUGUUCAUGGAAGUAGGAGCUUGUCGUUGAAAAGGAGAAAGGCUUUGUCCUCAACUAGUUAG